CGGAAUGUUAUCUUUGUUACAUUAGAUCGUAUACAGCAUUAGUGUCCACUUUAAAGGAUUGCGGUGUUGACUUCUGUCGGUAAGUUGUUUGUCGUAUUCCGUGCAAACGAUCUCCGGCCAUGUUCACCACCGAUUGGUGGAUAAAUGUCGUUACGGCAUGCACGAUAAUAGUGACGAUCGUCUAUUAUUUCUGCGUGUCGACCUUUCAGAAAUGGGAAAAGCUCAACGUGCCGUACAUAAAACCGAUCCCGUUGUUUGGGAACUUUUUGAACAUAGCCUUGGGCAAGGACCAUCCGCUGGAAUUUUACAACAAAAUCUAUAACGAGUUCGAGGGUCGCAAAUAUGGAGGACUGUUCCAGAUGAGAACGCCUUAUUUAAUGGUCCGCGAUCCCGAAAUAAUCAACGACGUGAUGAUAAAAGACUUCUCGUCGUUCCCCGACCGCGGAAUUUACUCGGAUUUCGCGGUCAACCCGUUGUCGAACAACCUGUUUUUCAUGGAAAAUCCUCAAUGGAAAACUAUAAGAAACAAAUUGACCCCCGCUUUCACGUCGGGAAAGCUCAAGACAAUGUACGAUCAGAUCAAAGAGUGCGGAGACGUAUUGAUGAAAAACGUCGAUAUCAAAUUAAAUGAAAACAACAACGAAAUAGAAAUAAGGGACAUCAUGGGAAAGUAUUCUACUGACGUCAUCGGCACUUGCGUUUUUGGCCUCAAGUUGAACGCCAUAACCGAUGACGAAUCCCUAUUUCGUAAGUACGGCAAAUCGAUAUUCACACCUUCAAUGAGAAUGCUUUUCAGAGAAUUGUGUUUGAUGAUUACUCCUGCACUUUUGAAAGUCGUAAGAGUGAAAGAUUUUCCAACGGAUGCGACUGACUUUUUUCACGAAGCGUUCAAAGAAACGCUGACUUAUAGACUUGAAAAUAAAAUAGUCAGAAAUGACUUCGUUAACUGUUUAAUGCAAGCAAGAAAUGAUUUAGUGUUGAAUAAAGAUUUACCUAAACAUGAAAAAUUUACUGAAUCGCAAAUCGUUGCAAAUGCUUUCGCAAUGUUUGCUGCUGGAUUUGAAACUAUAUCCACUACUAUAAGUUUUUGUUUAUAUGAAUUAGCAUUAAAUAAAUCUAUACAAGACAGAGUACGCCAAGAGAUUCAACUAAAACUGUCCAAAAAUGACGGACAAAUUAACCAUGAUUUUUUGAUGGAUCUUAAUUACUUGGAUAUGGUUAUAGCAGGUAAUUUAUUUAUAGUUCAUAAUUGUUUAUAAUACCGACCAGGCCAGAAUCUAUCAUCGUCAACCACCGACUGGUGGAUUUAUAUCGCCUCGGCGUGUUUAGUCGGGGUGACGAUCACCUAUUACUUUUGCAUUUCAACGUUCAGUAAAUGGGAAAAACUCAACGUGCCCUACAUCAGGCCGAUUCCGUUGUUCGGAAACUUUGUGAGAGUAGCUUUGUCAAAAGACCACCCUUUGGAGUUUUACAACAAAAUCUACUACAAGUUUGCUGGUCUAAAAUACGGAGGACUGUUCCAGAUGAGGACACCGUAUUUGAUGAUUCGUGAUCCAGAAAUAAUCAACAACGUGCUAAUAAAAGACUUCUCGUCUUUCCCAGACCGUGGUAUUUACUCGGAUUUAGCGGCGAAUCCAUUGUCGGACAACUUGUUCUUCAUGGAAAAUCCCCGAUGGAAAACAAUAAGAAACAAAUUGACCCCCGCUUUCACGUCGGGAAAGCUCAAGACGAUGUACGAUCAGAUCAAAGAGUGUGGAGACGUAUUGAUGACAAACAUCGACAAGUGUUUAAGGGGGGGAAACGAAGAAAUAGAAGUAAGAGACAUCAUGGGGAAGUAUUCGACCGACGUCAUCGGCACUUGCGCUUUCGGGCUCAAGCUGAACUCCAUAAGCGAUGAUGAAUCCCCAUUUCGAAAGUACGGAAAAUCGAUAUUCAUACCUUCACUAAGAACUCUUUUCAGGGAGCUGUGCCUGAUGGUGACCCCCUCACUUUUGAAAGUUGUAAGGGUGAAAGAUUUUCCAACGGAUGCGACUGACUUCUUUCACUCGGCGUUUAAAGAAACGAUAGCGUAUAGACUUGAAAAUAAAAUAGUCAGAAAUGACUUCGUUAAUUGUUUAAUGCAGGCAAGAAAUGAAUUGACUUUGAAUGCAAAUUUACCCAAAGAAGAAAAAUUUUCCGAAUCACAAAUUGUAGCAAAUGCUUUUGUAAUGUUUGCUGCUGGGUUCGAAACAACAUCAACUACUUUAAGUUACAUCUUAUAUGAAUUAGCGUUGAAUACGUCUAUUCAGGACAAAGUACGUCAAGAGUUUCAGUUGAAAUUAUCCAAUAGUGAUGGACAAAUUGACAACGAAUUUUUGAUGAGUCUUAAUUACAUGGAUAUGGUUAUUGCGGAAACCCUCCGUAAGUAUCCUCCUUUAAUUGCUUUAUUCAGAAAAGCAUCACAAACAUACCGUUUACCUGACAACCUAAUACUGGAAAAAGGCCAAAAAAUAGUAAUUCCAAUUUACUCACUCCAUUUCGAUGAUAAAUAUUUCGAGGAUCCUCAAAAAUUCGAUCCUGAAAGAUUUUCACCCGAAAACAAAGAUAAACGUCCUAAUGGUGUUUAUCUUCCAUUUGGUGAUGGACCUAGAAUGUGUAUAGGAAAACGUUUUGCUGAGAUGGAAAUGAGAUUGGCUUUACUCGAAAUGUUGAGCAAAUUUGAAGUCCUACCAUGUGAAAAAACAGAAGUUCCUCUAAAAUAUUCUAACAAAGUUUUAACAUUGAUGCCAAAACAUGGAAUUUGGUUAAAAUUUCAAAAAAUUGCUUAACUUUAGUUAAGAAUUAUGUAUUUGAACAAAAAAAAAAUUAACAGUUCGUAACCUGAGAAAAUUGUGUGGAUUUUACUAUAUAUGAUAUAUAUUAUAUUUGUAUAAUUUCAAAAAUAUUAUAAUAAUAUGUAUUGAAUUUGUAAGUAUACAAUCUUUAUUUUAAAUA